AUGGCCACCGGUGAACCUCCAGGGACAGCGGCGUUCGUAUUUCAGUGUUCAAUCAUGACAUCUAAAAAUUCAACUUCACCAUCGGUGGGAUCAACCGCCAUCGGUUCUCAUUUGAAAAAGAUUGUACAUACGAAGAAACGAAAUAGAUUGGAGACAAACAGAUUGAACAAUCUUGUUUAUGUUCAAUUCAAUGCUAAUCUAAUGGAAAAAAACAAAAAGAGAAAAGAUAGGACUUUGGAAGUGCUUUUAGCAAAUGAUUCUCACUCGGCUCAAGAAUGGAUUAUAGAUGGAGAUGACGGUGAUGGAGAUGAAGUUGACCCCGAAUCAGUUAUGGAAGCGAUUGAUGAAGCUCUCGAGACUAAUGAUAAUCAAGUACCCCGUAAAAGUUCAACAACAAGAGAACUUUAUGAUGAAGAUUUCGAAUCCGAGAAUGAGGAGCAAGUGUUUGAAGAAUAUGAAUAUGAGUCAGAUGGAGUUAAAAUAGUGGAAGAACUUGAAGAUUAG